CGGUCGCGGGAGGCCAUGGCGGAGACCCCGCCCCGCCCCGCAGGGGCGCGGGGACUCCUCAGAGCGGGGCCUCCGCCUCCGCCGGGGACGUGUCGCGCGUGGCCCCGCCCCUACAUAAGGGGCGGCCUCGGCGCAGCCCCCGCAGCGCGGCCGCCGUCCCCGCCGCAGCCGGUCCGCGGAGCCGGCACCAUGGCAGACCAGUCUUUUGUGACUCUAGCCACAAAUGACUCCUAUGUGAAAGGAGCACUGGUACUUGGUUCAUCCUUGCAACAGUACAGAACAACAAGGAAGCUGACUGCACUCAUAACUCCUCAGGUCUCAGAUCUUAUGAGGAAAGUGCUGGAAAAAGUCUUUGAUGAAGUCAUAGUGGUAGAUGUCUUGGACAGUGGGGAUUCGGCACACUUGGCAUUAAUGAAAAGACCCGAGCUGGGUGUCACGCUAACAAAGCUUCACUGCUGGGAGCUGACGCAGUUCUCAAAAUGCGUUUUCAUGGAUGCAGACACAAUGGUUUUGUCAAAUAUCGAUGAGCUUUUUGAGAGAGAAGAGCUGUCUGCAGCACCAGAUCCAGGCUGGCCUGACUGUUUUAAUUCUGGAGUUUUUGUUUACCGACCUUCUAUUGAAACAUACAAUCAGCUGUUAGAGUUUGCCGCAGAAAAAGGCAGCUUUGAUGGUGCAGAUCAGGGGUUAUUGAACACCUUUUUCAGCAGCUGGGCAACAACAGACAUGAGUAAACAUCUACCAUUUAUUUAUAAUUUGAGCAGCACUUCUGUAUAUUCCUACCUUCCGGCAUUUAAAGCGUUUGGUGCAAAUACUAAAGUGGUGCAUUUCCUGGGAAGCACAAAGCCAUGGAACUAUACAUAUGACUCCAGAACAAAAAGCAUAAAAGGCAACAUGGACGACCCUAAAAUAGUUCACCCAGAAUUCCUCAACAUGUGGUGGGAUACCUAUACAGCUCAUAUUUUACCAUUACUAGAACAGCAUGGAAUUGUUAAAGAAAAUACUACAGGUGUAAACACGCUAUCGGGCUUGGUCUAUACUCUGGCUUUCUCUUGUGGCUUCUGUAGAGAGGCAGAGGUUACAGAGGCAGUAUCCCACAUAUCAAUAUCAGCACCACCACCAGUAUUACCAACUGUAUCUUCAGAAGAACGCAAGGAACGGUGGGAACAGGGCCAAGCUGACUAUAUGGGAGCGGAUUCCUUUGACAACAUCAAGAAGAAACUAGAUACCUACCUUCAGUAGAAAAGCCUGUCUCAAACAGUGGUGAUGGCAAGGACUUGUUCCAGAACUAACAGCUAGAAAGGUAUAGAUGGUGGUCAGUUACACUUGCUAGUAGCUUGAUGAAGAAACUCCUUGGCUGAAGGCCUCUGCAGUGCUCCAGAUGAAGACCGAGCAAAAGCUAGGAAGCAGAAUUCCUUGGGCCACCUAUAACUGCCCGAUUUCCAAUUCUCCCUACUAGAUAAAACCAGGUAUUUUCAGCUUAAAUUUUCUUCUGUUGUGAUCAAUUGGCUCAACAUGUUCCUUGAAACCUGGGUUUGUUACCUCACCUUGCUAAGGUGAUUAGCAUGGAUUCCUUUGCUUGCUGUUUUAGAUGUAAAAUCUAGUUUAUGGGAUUGCUCAUACAUGUGAGCGGUAGCCAUUCUGCUUUGCCAUAAAUGUAUUAAUGGCACUGGGAUACACACAGAUGUAACCGUAACAGUAACAGCACUGCUUUGCUCUUCCAGUCACAAUUGCACUGAAGUUUUGACCACGUUCUUACGCACGGUGCCUACAGCAUGGCAGAAUGCAUUUUUCAGUUCUAUACACUAUGGGACUAGUAAACUGAGUUCUGUUAUUUGCAAUGUUGCACUUGAUACCAAAAUAAAAAGUUAUCAUGCGUU